AUGAAGUUGAUUGAUGUUGCUGCAAGAUAUGGUUCCGUCGAUGUUUUCAAAUUCUUGAUGUUAUCGGGUGCAGUAAUCACUGAUAAAACUACCACAAAUGCUGUUGAAAGCGGAUGCCUUGAAAUUAUAAGAAUUCUUCAAAGAAAAGGAAUGAAAUUCAUUGGCUGCUAUACAGCCGCUGUCGAGUGUAAUAGGAAUGAAAUUGCUGACUGGAUUCAUAACAACUAUGAUGUUGAAAUUAUAACAUUAGCUAAUUGCAUGAAGUGUGCAAACUAUUCUGCUGCAAGUUUCUGUCUUCUAAAUGGUUUUGAUAUAAAUGCAAAACACAUUGAAUGGAAAUAUACAAUUCAUUAUUUUUCAUCAUGA